AUGGGGAACACCACCAGCAUUACUGCUGGACGUGACUGCCUGGUUUCUGCCGUUGGGGGUGACGCGACUUAUGUCGCGUUUCAAGAUCACCUUCUUUACCAAGCUACAGCGGUCGAGCCGUACAACUUGAACAUCCCGGUCACUCCGGCGGCGGUCACAUACCCUCAAUCAGCGGAAGAAGUUGCCUCUGUGCUUAAAUGUGCCUCUGACUUCGACUACAAGGUGCAGGCUCGCAGUGGAGGUCACAGUUUUGGCAACUACGGCAUCGGAGGACAGAAUGGUGCCAUCGUGGUCGAUAUGAAGCACUUCUCGCAAUUCUCCAUGGACGAAUCGACCCACGUCGCGACCAUUGGUCCCGGAACCUCCCUCGGUGACCUCGACAUAGAGCUUUACAAUUCAGGAAACAGAGCAAUGUCGCACGGUAUUUGUCCGACUAUUCGGACAGGUGGGCACCUGACGAUGGGAGGAUUGGGACCUACAGCUCGUCAGUGGGGUUUGGCGCUUGAUCACGUCGAGGAAGUCGAGGUAGUGUUGGCGAACUCGAGUAUCGUGCGCGCGUCGGAUACCCAGAACCAGGACGUCUUCUUCGCUAUCAAAGGUGCUGCAGCUAGCUUCGGGAUCGUCACGGAGUUCAAGGUGCGCACGGAGGAGGCACCCGGGCUGGCUGUCCAGUACUCGUUCACGUUCAACUUGGGAACUGCCUCCGAGAAGGCGAAGCUCGUCAAAGAUUGGCAGGCGUUCAUAGCCCAGGAGAAUCUUACCUGGCAGUUCUACUCCAAUCUGGUGAUCUUCGACGGGCAGAUCAUUCUCGAGGGUAUAUUCUUCGGCUCAAAAGAGCAGUACGACACACUCGACCUUGAAAACAAGUUCCCCACAAGCGAGCCUGGUACCGUGCUAGUCCUAACCGAUUGGCUAGGUAUGAUUGGGCAUGGACUGGAAGACACCAUUCUGAGACUGGUUGGAGAUUCGCCGACUUGGUUCUAUGCCAAAUCACUCGGAUUUACCCCCCGCACGCUUAUACCUCAUUAUGCCGUCGACGCAUUCUUCGAUUACAUUCACAAAACUAACGCCGGCACUUUGGCCUGGUUUGUCACCCUCAGUCUGGAGGGUGGAGCCAUCAACGCUGUGCCGGAGGAUGCUACCGCCUAUGGUCACCGCGAUGUGCUUUUCUGGGUCCAACUAUUCGUUGCUAACCCGCUUGGACCGAUCUCCCAGACUACCUAUGAUUUCACUGAUGGCCUUUACGAUAUUCUCGCUCAAGCUGUGCCAGAGAGCGCGGAACACGCGUAUCUCGGUUGUCCAGAUCCUAGGAUGCCAGAUGCCCAGCAUGCGUACUGGCGUAAUAAUCUUCCAAGGUUGGAAGAGCUGAAGGCCGAAUUAGAUCCACAUGAUACUUUCCACAACCCACAAGGUAUUCAGGCUGCUGCCUGA